GUCAAUCGUUAAAUUUUUCAAAAUUAGGAAUACAAAUAAAGUUCUAUCUCUCUGUACAUAUCUCCUUUGCUUCGUUGAACACUCGUUUCUUAGUAACUGAGCCAUUUGAGAAGGUGUAUAAUCUUCAAAUUAUUUGUGGCUAGAUAUUGUUAAGAGGUUGACUUCAUUUUGGCAACCUCAAUCAUGAGUUAUGAGGCAUUUGUUAGUAAUCUGUAAAUAUAAUCACUAUCACUGUACGUUUAAUUUUAUAGUAGAUUUUUACAGAAAUCAAUUAUGUCUAAAUUACAAAAACGAUGACAAUGACCAGUAACACUGAGAUAUCUUUGAAAAAUUUCUUUAUCUACCAUGUUUCCUUUGGACAAACGGAAGGUCAUGAAGAAGAAAAAGUUCUAUAUUUUCACCCUAGAGGAACAAAAAUGGACAUACAGAUGAAAGAAGUUGGUUUAAGUGAAGCUAUAGUGAAGUUCACCGAGACAUUUUCCAGUGAUUUAUGUGAUACAUUACAAACUCAGAAAACAAAGAAAUUUUUUUUUAAGCCUGAGGAGAAUAUUUGGAUUAUCAUGACUGUGAAUCUUCCAACUUGCCUUGUGGGAAAGGAGAAGUUAGAUGGAAUUGAAUAUUUGCCAAACGAAGUACAGAAUCCUGUUUUUUUAGCUGUAUUAAGGCAGGCUUAUUUGGCUGCUAAGUUGUUUCUGGGACCAUUUCAGAGGCUAAUAGAUAAAGAAAAUGGAUCUCCUGAUCUACUGAAGAAAAAAUUGGAUUUCUUUUUUACUAAGUACCUCCUCACCCUCAAUUUGAAGAAAUGUGAUAUUAUUGAUUUAUUUCAAGGAGUCCAAUUUCUUCCUCUAGACAAGCCCACAUUUCUUCAUGCUCAUUGUUUUGUUAAUUUAGUAGAAGCUAAUUUUCCUGUUGUACAAUAUUCUGUUUUAUUGUUCAAUGAACAACUUGUGUGGUCUGGUUUACCUGCUGAAGAUGCUCAAGUUGUAUAUAGGUACCUCGUCAACAGUUUGUUACCAUGCCAUUCAAAUUCUUCCCCAGAUGGAAAACGUUCAACAGCCAAGUCUAAUAGGUUUGUAACUGGUCCUGAAAAUCUGACUGACAUUAACAUCACUUUCUCUAACAAAGUGCCUCGAGUUUUUCUUUCUCACGUACCGCAUCCUGGAUUUUUUAAUCUUGUUGUCUACAGGAUCCACGAAACAACAUUGAGUCUUCUGAUUCCAGGAAAUGAAACUGUGAGGCUGGACUUCUACAGGCGUCUGGAUAGUUUUCUGUAUAAGCGUCUAGAAAAAAUUGACUGUGAGUUAAAUGAGUACAAAGAACAGCCUAGUAGUAGUGGACCAUCUAAUGCCUCUGAUACUUUAGACCAAGACAUAAGGUUUGUUUAUUUUAACUCAAUGAAUUUGGCUACAAAAUCAAUUCUUGAUAAAAAAAGAGAUCCUGGCGGGCAGACUAUACCAAAGGAACUUCUAAGGUUGCUGGUUGAUGUUCAGCAACAUCAAAAGUGGUUGGCUGAAAGUGGUGAUUUAUCAAAUGAAACUAUGGUCAAGACCAUUAGUGACCACUGGGUUGUAGGAAAGAUGUCAAAUAAUCGUCAGUUUUAUAUAGCUGUUGAAAGGAAGAGGGCAAACCUCAUUGAAAUUAAUGAUGAAGUGAGGAAGUUAUGCGACCAACAGCUGAAGAGUAUAUUCUUUCAUGUGUGAUAUAUUUUUUGGAACAAGAUCAUUAUUUUCAGAUCAUAAAUUCCUUCUAGUGCAAUAAUUUCUUGCUGUGUUCUUUAACAUUCCUAUGAAGAUUGCUUAUUAAGUUUGUUAAUAAAUUGUAUAUAGUUUUCUUUUUUUGUUUAUAACGUUGUUUGAAGAGAACAGCCAUUAUACAAGGAUAAUCUGGAUUUUAUGCAUAAUGGUUAAUAUGUAAAAUGUAAAAUAAACUAAUUAAUUAUACUUCUAAUUGAUUUAAACUUAUCCGGUUUCCUAUUUAAACAUAUGCAGCUUUAUAGUGAAUAAAUAUUCACUUAAUUUCAUUGCUAAAUAUGCACUAGACACGUCUAGUUAUAAAACCAAAAGUUAGUUUGAUCAUUUGUAAAAAUAAAUUAACUUCAAAUAAUUGAAGGGAGAACACUAUAAAAAUUAAUCACUCUAAAUUAUAAUAAACAACGAUAUUAUUCAAAUUAUUUUACAGAUAAAAAAAUAUAAGGAAAUUUAAUAUAUUUUGUUCUUGUAUUUUUGGCUAAACUGUAAUGAACCCAUUUAUUUACUUUU